AAAAAUCGGCUGAAAACAAGUAAAAAAAAUUAAAUGCGAUGAAUAAAGAAACAAAAAUUAAGAAUAAACAACGAAUUAAAAGGCAGAUUCAUUGAUCACAUAAAGAUUCAAAUAGAUUCCUAAACGCGUAAGGAAACAAAAUCCUAUUCCAACCAAACUACCAUUUACAGUUAAACACUGAUUAGCUGUUCUAAUCAGACUUUUACUUUUUUUAGAUUCCUCGGACGGAUCAAACCCAACCUCUUAUAUAAGAAUCUAACCUAACCCUAAAUUUCCAUUCAGUUUCGGCUAUGGCGACUGAGAAUCCUGACAUGGCUGCGUUAGAGCUGGAGAAGGAGAAGCACAAUGUUGCCGGCGCCGGAGAGGAGGAGUUGGAGGAGAGUCCGGUUAAGCAAGUGGAGCUGACUGUGCCGAAAACGGAUGAUCCGAACAUGCCGGUUCUGACGUUUAGAAUGUGGGUUUUGGGUGUGGCGUCGUGUGUUUUGUUGUCGGCGGUGAACCAGUUUUUUUGGUAUAGGAGAUCGCCGAUGUUUAUCAGUUCUAUAUCUGCUCAGAUUGCGGUGGUGCCGUUAGGGCAUUUGAUGGCGAGGACUUUGCCGACGAGGUCUUUUUUUAAAGGGAGUAGGUGGGAGUUUAGUAUGAAUCCGGGGCCGUUUAAUGUAAAAGAACAUGUUCUUAUUACUAUUUUUGCUAACUCCGGCGCCGGAACUGUUUAUGCUACUCAUAUUUUGAGCGCUGUUAAGCUUCUUUAUCGGCGGGAGCUUGCUUUUCUUCCUUCUUUGCUUGUUAUGCUCACCACCCAGGUUUUGGGUUUCGGAUGGGCCGGACUUUUCCGGCGAUAUCUGGUGGAGCCGGCAGAGAUGUGGUGGCCGUCCAAUCUGGUGCAAGUCUCAUUAUUCAGGGCGCUACACGAGAAAGACAAAAGGCAGAAAGGCGCGGUUAACCGAACACAAUUCUUUCUUAUAGUCCUCAUUGCCAGCUUCUGCUAUUAUAUCUUCCCCGGCUAUCUAUUCUCACUCCUGACAGCAUUCUCUUGGGUUUGUUGGAUCGCACCCAAGUCCGUGUUAGUUAACCAGCUCGGUUCAGGUCUACAAGGUCUAGGCAUCGGUGCAAUAGGGUUCGACUGGGCUACAGUUUCGUCGUAUCUCGGGAGUCCACUGGCUAGCCCAUGGUUCGCAACUGUGAACAUUGCUGUUGGAUUUGUUCUAGUAACUUAUGUUUUGGUUCCCAUUGGUUACUGGUGCAAUUUCUACAAUGCUAAAACGUUCCCUCUAUAUUCUAUUGAUCUUUUCCAAGGAAACGGCGACAUUUUCAACGUCCAUAGCAUUGUAGAUGCCAAUUUUCAUCUUGAUAAGGAAGUUUAUUCAGAAACUGGACCUAUUCAUCUCAGUAUCUUUUUUGCUCUGUCGUAUGGUGCUGGAUUCGCUGCUCUUGCCGCUACAUUUAUGCACGUUUUUCUCUUCAAUGGAAGCGACAUUUGGAACCAAUCGAAAAGAGCAUACACCGGAAAGCGGAAAAUCGACGUACACACUAGGCUGAUGAAGAAAUACAAAUCAGUUCCGACAUGGUGGUUUCACAUAAUCGUAGUCACAAACAUUGCUGCUGUAAUAGCCACCUGUGAAUAUUACAAUGAUUCACUUCAAUUGAAGUGGUGGGGAGUGCUGCUAGCCUGCGCUAUUUCCUUAUUCUUCACUCUGCCGGUCGGAAUUAUCUACGCCACCACGAAUCAAGCGCCGGGACUGAACAUUAUUACAGAAUACAUAAUUGGGUAUAUAUACCCUGGUUAUCCUGUUGCCAAUAUGUGCUUCAAGGUGUACGGAUAUAUCAGUUGCAGUCAAGCUCUCACAUUCUUGCAGGAUUUUAAACUUGGUCAUUACAUGAAGAUUCCACCUAGGUCCAUGUUCAUGGCACAGGUGGCCGGAACAAUAAUAUCAGUGCUGAUAUACCUAGUAACUGCAUGGGGCAUGAUGGACGCUAUCCCUAAUCUUUGCGACACUAGGGUUCUUCCCAAGAACAGUCCAUGGACAUGUCCGAUGGACAGAGUCUUCUUCGACGCCUCCGUCAUCUGGGGGCUCAUCGGUCCCCGCAGAAUCUUCGGAAACCUAGGUGAAUAUGGAGCUAUAAACUGGUUCUUCCUCGUCGGAGCAGUAGCUCCAGCUAUAGUGUGGCUGGCGCACAAAGCUUUUCCGACCAAGAAUUGGAUUCGUCUCAUUCACAUGCCCAUCGUAUUCGGUGCCAUCGGAAUGAUUCCUCCGGCUUCCGCCGUCAACUAUACUAGUUGGAUACUGCUUGGAUUCCUCUCCGGCUUCGUGUUUUUCCGGUACCAUCCAGACCUGUGGAAAAGGUAUAACUACGUUCUUUCCGGCGGACUUGACGCCGGAACGGCGUUUAUGACGAUUCUGAUAUUUGUUAGUUUGACUUACUGGAAAGUUGAGCUUGAUUGGUGGGGAACUAACGUAGAAGGAUGCCCAUUGGCUGGCUGUCCAACGGCUAAAGGUGUUAUUAUGGAGGGCUGUCCAGUAUAUUAGCCAAACUUUUUACUUUUGUUUUUUUUUAAUUUUUAGUUAUUAGUGGUUGAACAUUUAGAUUUGAUUUUUAUUUGUAAAUAGUUUGUUUUGGAUUUUAUAAAUAAUUUGCUACAUUAGUUUAAA